GUUUUUCUCGUUUGAAGGGUUUAGCGUUGCCGUUUGUUCAACCCGUCGUCGUUAUUUUCAACUUUUGGGUUGAUUUGUGUUAGUGUGAGCCCCUGUGUUCAUCUAAGGCUUUGGAACACCGCGAAGUGAAAGUACAGGCUUCUAAACGAAUGCUUGAAGGGGUUACAUGUAGAGUAUGGGGUUUUACCACCGUUUCCCGUCGGAGCCUGUGAGGGUAUUUCGCGUGCAGCAGCGCUCUGUCCUGGUGUUGGACUGUUACAAACAGCGUGUGGCUUUGCUUCCGAAAACUCUGCUCAAGUCGCGUAAGAAGGAUCGUGCGCGACGCGAAAAACUCAAGUUCAUGAAGGUAGUCACCUGCCCUCUGCUGACGGGCAGCAACCAAGUGUCUAUUUGGACUGGAAAAAUUGUGAGCGCCCGAGACUCAGUUAGCGACCGCUUCACCAAGUGCAGCCCUUGAGGCGUUUGAGCGCUGCGCAGCAGCGCUGCAAAACCGACGCCGUUUUCUUACUAUUUUGUGCGUUCCUUUUUAAAUUAUCGGCGACUGGGUUUUCCCGCUGUUCGUUGCUCAGUGGUGUCCCCCUUUUACUGUGUACCUAUACGUCGUGGCGUCCCUGGGAUAGUGCUGGGGUUUGCCGAGAAGUGACGCUGUUUUCUUGAUCACCCUUCGCCCACUGGAGUGAAUAUCUGCUUAUGACCGACUCCUGCUGCUGAGCGAGGAUCCCCGUCGUUGACCAGAAGUUCCGUGUUUCGAAGGCUUUCGGCUACUGAAGAUUAAGAUGUUUGGUGGAUUUUUCGACUUCGCGUCGAGCUCGUCGUCGAUGUCGAUGUCGCUGCCGUCGACGUUCGGCGCAUCUUCCAGCAGCACCGCGGAAAGGGACCACAUGAUGCCAGAAUUGCCUUCAGGCGCCCUCAAGUGGGAGUCUGACUGGAAUUCGUCGUCCCUCAUGCUCAAUGACGAGCCCUGCAGCGAGCUGCUCAAUUUCCCGGACGAUUUCGAUCUCCAAUUGCCGCCGCCGCCCGUGCCACUGACGGCGACCGCGACGGCGGUCGUCUCGUUGCAGCACGACUCCGAGUUGCCGGGAUCGUUGUUGUUGUCGCCGUCUUCAUCGUCGUCGUCGUCGUUGACGUCAACUGGUUCCGGUAGUAGUAGUAGUAGUAGCAGCUCCACGCUGGCGUUGGCGUCGGGUAAUGCCCCGUCGUCGCCGGGAGUGAUGCACGUCACGUCGACGCAAUUGUGGGCCACUCCCGACGCGUUUGCCGGCUUCACGGCGAAUGCCCAUCUCGCUGACACGUUGGGCGCCGUUGGGUCUGCCACGGACCAGACCGUGGGUCUGGCACAGGUUCAAAAUUGUUCCAAGUUCUUGUGGACGAAGCCGGCGAGUCGACCGACGUUGAGCCUGAGAGCCGGCGGAAGCGGUGGGAUUGCCAUAGAAAGCGUGAGCAGUCUCGGGGCGGCGGCAGUGGCGGCUGCUGCUGAUGACACCAACAACGACUUUAGCGACAUCGUCACCCCGGACCUGAUUCAUUCGCUGGGCGGCGCUGCGCCGGCGUUGCUCGCCGCCGCCAAAACCGACGAAGACGUCGACAUCGACGUCGGCGACAUCAAAGACCUGAAUCCAUUUUACAACUGGAACUUCGACAGCUCUUCGGUUUCCCUGGAAACGACCCGGGUCGGGUUGUGCUGGGUGUUUGUUUUCACCAAAGCUCCGUUUCUGGAAGAGGUCGAAGUUAUGUUCGCUUUGGCGAGAAGGAAGAUUGUUCCUGAAAUCAUUGUAAUCGAGCUUGAUCCAGAUUUAAUUCUGAAUUGA